GCCUGUCUGUUUCUGCUCUCCAAUCCUGCCACCAUAGUCGCGAUUAUUAUUCAACUCAACAAGCCCAUGGAUCAAGGAGACCAGCAGUGGGAUGGCAUGAACAUAACGAGGGCACUUGAGGCCUUGUCCCCCUACAUCAACAACCCACGGGAGACUGUCAUCCGUAUUGAAGUAUUUGUGGGUGUUUCAACCGCUCUUUUGUUUCUGCAAGUCACCCUUGGUCCGUGCCGCCGGCGGUCGAGCAACUUCCUCAUCCAAGGUGCCUUGUGGCUAGCAUACACACUAUCCUUCCCUCUUUCUGCCUACACCAUCGGUCAGAUGCUGUCCUCACCAGUGAAGAAUGGGCUGUACCCUCUCUGGGUUGCUCUCAUCUUAUGGGCCGUGGGAUGCAGCAACUCCAUGACAGCUUAUGGUCUUGAUGACAACAAGCUUUGGAGGCGGUACCUCUUUGUGCUGCUUCAGUAUUUUUUCUACGCAGGCAUUAUAUUCCGGCUGCUUGUUCCUACUAGAUAUGAGUUCCUCUUGUUCCCAAAAGGACCCAUUUUUGAAACACAGCCUAUUGCCUGGUCUAUAGAUAUCCUAAUUAGCGUCUUACUGUUCACUAGUUUGGUUAGAGCAAUGGCUAAUUGGAUAGCUACAGAUUCUUACCACAGCCAAGUAGUAGCAGAUUACAUGAGGGAUCAGGUCAACCACACUGCCAACCAUCACGUAUCUGUAGAUCCAAUCACAAUGGAGGGCUACAGAUACAUUGUCUUCUUGCCUUCUCACCUACUGUGCGGCUUUAAGGUGGCAAAGGGACCAACCUACAGAAACAAAUUAGUACCCGCAGAUGAUGGUAUCAUCACCAUCGACGCAAUUUGGAGGGAGAAAUUUGAUGACAGCUGGCUCAACACAGAUGGAGGUGGAUCACAAUUGAAUGAUGUGUGCCUUUCAUUUGCUUUGUCUCACCUGCUGAAGCGCAGAUUCUUUGGGAUGGAGUGCGCUGAAGCCGCCCAUGAUGAGACCCGCAAGUUUGUCUUGGAGGGUUUACUAUCCCAUAAGGAUGGAGGUGCAAGAGCAUUUCGUAUCAUCGAGGUGGAAUUGGGUUUCCUCUAUGAUUUCUUCUUCACAAAGUAUGCAGCUCUGUUUCACAUGGAGAGAUCUUUCAUUGCCAUGGUGCUUCUCAGAAUAAUUCUCUUGUCUAUCACAGUGGCAGUACUGCUUGGGGGUUCCCCAACUAUCAUGACACCUAAACCGGUAAUUGAAGUUGGCACAAGAUCUGUCGAUGUUAGUAUCACAAUCAUGAUUAUGGGAAUUCUUUUGUUGGUUGAAGCACUGCAGAUUAUACUUUAUCUGAUGUCAGAUUGGGCCACUGUUUCACUCGCUUGCGGCUAUACAAGAAGAUCAGGGACCUGCAACAAACUCAUUCCGUUUGUUAUUUGGUUUCUCAGAAGAUUUAACUUAUCCAGAUAUUGGACAAGUAUGAUAUCAAAUACAAAGUUUGGCAAGUUUCUUUACAGCCUUAAUUUAUUUGGAUAUUGGCAAAAUCAGAUGGGCCAGUUAUCCCUAUUUGGACUCUCAAAAACUGAAACUCGGCCGAGUCGGAUCUUUGUCUGGUUGGACGACCUCUUCUGCCAGGCUUUUCUUUUGGCUAAUUUAACUGUCCAAGAAUACAUCCUUCAGCCCAUAUUUUCAAAGAUUUCAAAUAUAUUCUUCUCAUCUGCGAAAACAUCAAUAGGGGUUCCUGAUCUGGUCAAGAAAGAGAUAGUUUCUUGCUUACAGAAAACCAAUAUUGGUGGCCCUCUAACUAAUGGACAAGCAGCAUUGCGGUGUAAUGGAGAAGCAGCACUGCAGCAUCAUGUUGUCCUUGAGCAUAUCUCCUGUACACUGGAGAAUCAAAGUCAGACAAUGACCAUGCUUAUUUGGCAUAUUGCAACUGAGUACUGCGAUCUUCCUUCUCCCAAUGAGUUGGAGGAGCAUCAGAGCAGUGCGCAGGAGGAGGAAAAUGCGCAAAUAGAUAAAAAGUACAAGCAAGUCGCGAUAAUCUUAUCCAGAUAUUGUAUAUACUUGAUAGCCAAUGUCCCAGCUUUGCUUCCUGGAGAUUCUACAGAUACACUAAUGGUCUACCGUGCUGUGGUAAAUGAGGUUCAGCGUGAUGGGGUUUGGGCUUCUCACAAGCCAUGUAAGGCUGAAUUGCUGAAUGUCAUCAACAAUUGCGACAGCCGCAGGCGCACCAAAGAAGAGGGCAAUAACAUCAUCGAGGGCUCGCCCAACAACAACAAUGAAGAAGAUACCAUCUUCAUGAAAGGCUUGAAGCUGGGGAAGAAGCUGGAGGAAAUUGGAGACGGCGCGCUCCGUUGGAAGCUCAUGGCGGAUUUCUGGGUUGAGACCAUCAUCUACAUUGCACCAUCGGACGACGCCACAGCGCACAUGGAGCGCCUCGCCCAGGGUGGAGAAUUUCUUACUCAUGUCUGGGCUCUCCUCACUCACGCAGGCAUCGUGCGGCAUGACCAGAGGAGAAACCCCGAAGAUCUUGUGUAAUGCUAGUGUGUUUGCUUUUAAUUCCCCUUCCUUAUACUGU